AUGGCCGUGCAUCGCCAGCACCCUCCGGACGCUGCUCAACUGUCGGCUCACUCUGCUGCCUGGGCUUACGCUGCCCUGCGGAGCUCAGCCACGGGCGACGGGAUGUCGGCUCCAACUGUCGCGGCCUGUGCUGCCGAUCGGGCCUCAGUCCCUGCCGGCGCCGGAUGGGACGCCGACGUCGGCCGCUGCCGAUCCGUCUGUGGUCCGCCGAUGAUCGGACUCGUGCUGGACUCGUGCCAUAACUACCUCCGAUGUGACUCGCGGCAAGCUGCCGACGUCCAUCUCAGUCGCCAGAAUGCUGCCAUCUGGGCCCUCGUUGCUGUCGGUAUCAGCGCUGUCACUUGUAACACCAUGGCUAUACUGAUGUUCGUCAUGAGACGGUCCAGUCUCAGCCCCGCCGAAUACUUCCUGCUGAACCUGAUGGUGACGUCGCUACUCUUCAUCAUCGUGUCGACGCCCAUGGUGGCGAUAUCGUCUCUCCAUCAUCGGUGGAUGUUUGGGGAGUCAGGAGCAGUGAUCCAUGGUUUCCUGUGCUACAGUUUCGGCACCGUCAACAUCUUAUCCAUCUUCAUGGUGGCACUCUUCAGAUAUCUGAACACAUGCUGGCCACAUUUAGGUCAUCUACAUGACGUGCGAGCGGCCAGGCUCUACAUGGUAGCGGCCUAUGCGUACGCGCUGUUCUGGUCAGUGACGCCGCUGCUGGGCUGGGGGUCGUACGGUCUGGAGCCGCACAAGGUCUCUUCCAGUCUGGACUGGACCAGCACGAGACUCAGUGAUCGGACAUACCUAGUCGCGGCUGUGUUCUUCAUUUUGGCUCUGCCACUGAUAGGAAUGCUCAUUUUCUACUGUCGAAUCGUGCGAGUGUCGGCCAGAAGCACGCGCGCCAUCAGCAAACAUGGCGGAGUGCUCGUCGUCAAACUGCGCAGGCGCGACCGGAAGCUGAAUCAGCUGGUGGUGCUGGUGCUGGCCGGCUACGUCAUCACGUGGCUGCCCUACACCGUCGUCUCCCUCCACGCCACCAUCGUGGGAGGUUACCAGCUUCCCGUCUACAUGGUGGCUGUGGUGACGCUGUUCGCCAAACUCUCAGGGCUCACCAAUCCGCUCUUCUAUAUUCUAGUGUCGUCCAGAUACAGGUCGGAACUGAUAGCAGUUUGCUCGCGUCUGGUCGGCCUGUCGUCGUCCAAAGUACCAGAACGUAGCGGAAGAACCACGUCGUUCACUGAGGGAACCAGCAUGAGACGGACUAGAACCACGAGAAUACGGGAGAGAAGAGGCAGACGCUCCAAUGAGGAUAGCGGUGGAUCCAAUAACCAAUCGCAGCAACUCGAUCCCGUUUACUUAGAAUCUCUUGCUGCACUGGAUUCGGAAACACCAACAUCAAAAGUCGUUCGGGAAACCAGAGUCUAGCCAGUGAAAAUGUGAAGAUCAGCGAAAAGCGGACUGAGGGCUAAAACUGAGUGGAACAUGAAACAACGCGGAACAUCGUCCAAACGGUGAAAAGAAUAUGAAGGAAAAAGGAUCUUGAGGUGGGGGGGGGGGGAGUGCAAAUUGUGAUGCUCCUGGAGAUUUAUCCGUGUGGCUCCCGAUGAAGCAAAUGCUUCAGCUUGGGAAGUGUUAUUUGUGUGCUUUCCGUGCAGCUUUCGCUGCUGUCUGUGGAGGCAUGGCUGUUGCUCGCACAAAGCUGGAUCUCGAAUUUAUCAGGAAAGCGGGGCACGUACUCUGACUGAAUCAAACAUUUGAGUCCUAUGUGUCAAUGAAACUAGUCAUAACUGCGUUUUUUUUGUCGAUUAAAGUUCGUCGCUGGUCUAAACCAGCACCCAUGUGCAGGGCAAAAUAUAUUGAAUGUUAUAUAAUUAGGCAUUCAUACUGCAAUAUAUUUUAGUCAAAUAGAUGUAGGUGAACUCUUCUGCAGUGCUGUGAUUAGACCUAAAACAUGAACAAAUGUGUAUGAAUGUAUUCAUGUACUCGCGUGUCAGUGUACUUAUCUCUGUGUACCUAAGCGUCAUGCCGCGUAUAAGCGCAGACUGAUUGCGUGAAUACUCAUCUGAUUACCUAUUUUGCGUUU